AUGGACCAUGAGCCAAACUUGCGCUCGGAACAUUCGGAAGUGCGAGCCUUUGUGCUGUUUCGGAACACAACCGCCCGUGAGGUGGACGUGUACUGGGUAAACUAUUCCUCCAAGCUUAUCCACUACACGUCGCUCCAGCCGAAGGCAGAAUGCACGGUUAACACGUACGUAACCCAUCCGUGGGUGUUUAAGGACAAACAAUCCGACGAGCGGAUGUGCGUGCGGCAUCAGCCGGUCUAUAUGCCCGAACCAUGGUACAUCAGUUCGUACAGUGCCGGCAGACUGAUCAGAAAGGAAGUAAACAUCCACUUCCCGGUUCGCACGCUGAAAGAGAAUUGUCUGUGGCGGAUCGUUACACUGCUGGCGGAUGCAGAGGGAAGCGCACUGUGGGAGCUGGAGAUACCUCGCAUGCUCAUACAGGAGCUAGCAGUUAGAAAAGGGAAUAAAUACGAGUUCCGAUACGUCCGAAACCGGGGAGUUUAUCGGGGACCGCCCCGGUUCAUCGGUAUGACGCCUGACUAA